GAAACUACGUUUCCCGACCAAGAUAUCAUUGAAUGAAAUCGGCCCUUGAUAAGCUCGACCUGCCUAUGGGGGCGUUAUUCACAAUCAGUGUCAAAUUUCAUGGGCGUGAUACAUGUACCCAUUUCACACUUCUCUGUGGCUCAUCGUCAGAUUUAUUAAACUCUUGUUACGCCUUCAAUCCACGUUGUGUUGGCCGACUCUUGAGCCAUGACGAGGUUGCUGGUGUUGGGGUUCAUCUUGUUAGCAAUUAAUAAUACAAUACAAUUCUCAGUUGACAAAUACUCGCAGUGUCCCGAGGAUCGAGUGAAGAAUCGUUCGAUGACUUUACUACUAAGAAAACAUUUAUUUUGCGACUACGAUAAUUACGUCCGUCCAUCCCUUCACCAAGAUAAUGCUACGAAGGUGUACUUGGAACUCAUCCCAAAGUUCAUCGAAUUCGACGAUCAUGCAAAUACCCUCGUACUCCACGCUUGGAUGGCAUUGAUUUGGACGGACGAGCAUCUCAGUUGGAAUAUAUCAAAAUUUGGCAAUCUCAACUCACUUCAGGUGUCCAGUGACGAACUUUGGAUACCUCAUUUAUAUGUUUACAACUCGUAAGACACUGUUAAAAAUUAGUAUGGGAUACCAAAAACUGAUUGUAUACUACAUAGCAGUGGACGUGUAGCUUGUGUCCCGGCACUGAAAUACACGUCACACUGCAUAGCAAAUUAUCAGCACUGGCCCUUUGACAGUCAUAACUGUACCCUUUAUCUUGGCUCCUGGUCUCACACAGGGGAAGAGAUAGAUUAUAGCUUUAUCCAUCGCGGGGUGAUUCAAAUGCCCGAUUUUACCCCUAAUCCACAAUGGAAACUAUUGUCAAUAAGCGCUCAGAAAAAAGUUGAAAGGUUUGAGGCAAUGAAUUACACAUUCCCCAGAUUGGUUUUUAAUGUCGUUGUUGAACGGCAUUCAACUUUCAUGCAGACUACCAUCCUUGCUCCUGCAAUUGUACUAAUCGUCUUGACCAUGAUGGUACUGUGGCUAAAUCCAAUGACCAGUGAACGAAUGGUACUGGCUGCCCUCAAUUUGAUCUGUCAUUUACUCUGCAUCAUCGAUGUUAACUGGCAGGUUCCUUUCAACGGUGACACUUUACCCUCGAUAUUGGCCUUCCAUCAAAAUUCCUUGGUCAUUGCCAGCGUGGUGCUUUUCUUAACCGCACUGCUCCGACAACUGAAACAAAUAUCGAUACCCGCGCCGGUUUGGCUUACAUCGAUAACUUCCUUUAUAUUGGAAAGAAAGGCUGGCCAGUUCAUUCUGCUCGCAACUUUGGACCCAAAAAACUCUACGACACUGGGAACUACAGACGACAAUGUUGGGUUGAUCCAAUCGAGUGCUACAUCGUCUCGAAUUAAUCCAGAGAGUUUCAACGCGUGGCAUCAUUUCGCCACUUUACUGAACCGAUUGUCUUUCAUUGCCGUGCUUUUAACAUACGUUAUCAUGAUAUCAGUACUCCUUCCUAAGUAAAACAACGAGGGUGUGCCUGACUUAUCAUCUCUGAGAAAAUAUUGUGCACAAGAGCAUCCUGUCGUCAAUAUUAUCAUUCAUUAUAAAUUCAUGUACUAUGUACCAGUUGGGACUGGUUCGCGUCAGAUAGAAAGCUGGAAUGUCUGGCAGUUUCACGUUAUGGCAUAGCAUGUAUUCGCAUCUCGAAUCACGUCUUGCGACUGUCAGUAUACUUAUAUGUUGGUGACAUAAUAUUUUGACGAUACAUUUAAUAAAACUACAUCUAUCCGCGCUACUGUGUCUUAUACCUAUAAUAUACCCAUGUGAGAUUACUAGGUCAAGUGUAAGCUCAAAUUGCAGAGUAUAAAUGUCUAUGAGUUGCAGGACAACGAUAUACAUCGUAUUCCAACUUUUGUCGUACAUGACAGGGCAAUUACGCAUUUAAUACCAUUGACCAUCACAAAACCCACCGUGUGGCUGCACAAUGUAAAAUUAUUAAAUUGUAUAGUGUACUUUAUUUUGGCACAUUCUGAAGUGUUUUUGCGAGGUACGGAAUUUGCUUACAUUAUUCAAUGAAGCUAUUAUUAUGGCGUUGUUGUACGAGCACAAAUGUAUGAGGGCUCUGAUUGAUUUCUGAAGUGAUACUCGAACAAGUUCUUCUAAGGUUUACGGCCUUCAGUUUCAGAUCUGAAAUUGUAUGAAAACGUUUGUUUUUGAAUUACUACACAUCGAUGGAUCAACCGUGUAAGUUCGAGGACGUGACCCCUCCUUAUGAUAAUUGAUUAAAAAUAUGGAAACAUACACUUUCACUUCCAAAAUUAUAUUGGACACUUUCAACUACAUAGUUUUAUCUGAUUAUUCAUUGAAAUCGUCGCAGAAGGCAGGGAAAUAAUCAGCCUACCAAUCACCUAUUAUAUAUGUGGAACAUAACUUCGAAAGUUGACAAUCAUGUAGCACUAAAGAUAAGUCAGUGGCAUUAAAUAUAACCCCGAUGCUUGUUGGGCGCCGUGCACUAUAGCCGUUCAUACGCUAUAAAAUA